AUUGCAUGUAAUAGUGCAUGAUCCACCGUCUUGCAAAAAUCUUGCUGUUUGUUACCUGAACGAAAUGUUUGAUACAUCGUAUAGAAGAAAAUCGGAUAUACAUUCUCCAUCUAUUCAAAAAGAAUAUGGUAAAAAAGAAACCAAUCUUCAAGCAAGAAGUUAUUACAAUGGUUUCGGAGCACCUGCCACAGCGACGUAUUAUCCGACUUUUGAUCCAAUUAGUGUUUUAGCAUCAUUAGCAUUUUUAGCAUUUUUAUUGCAAUCCUUUGCAUCAUUAUUUGAUCAUUCAAGAUCAAUUGUACCAACAAUGAUUAAUAGUCGUGAAUCAUCAACACAAUUGAAAAAUGUGGGAAUUACAAGACGUAUACUACAUGUAUCAGAUGAUUAUGUAAGUACCUUUUCAUUUUUACUUACACAGAUGUAUUAUGUUAAUUAUAUUAACAUACCUGUGUUGUAGGAGAACCUUAAUUGAAGAUGAUCGAAUAAACACAAUACCUAUAUAAGCUAUUAUAAGAUAAAAUAUAUUUAUAAAAAAGAUAUAAAAAUAUUUUACUAAAACGCAGUAUAUAAUAUUUAUACAGAUUGUACUUAGAUAGAAAAAAUUCUAUAAUUGUAGAGAUUAUUGUUCAAAAAGAAAUAUAAUUAAUUA